AUGGCCCCAAAAUCUAACAAGAACCAAGAAAACAUCAACUCAAAAUUAGCUUUGACUAUCAAGUCAGGUAAAUAUACCUUGGGUUACAAAUCAGUUGUCAAAUCUUUAAGAACUGGUAAAGCUAAAUUGGUUAUCAUUGCUGCUAACACCCCAGUCUUGAGAAAAUCUGAAUUGGAAUAUUACGCUAUGUUGUCCAAGACCCCAGUUUACUACUUCCAAGGUGGUAACAACGAAUUGGGUACCGUUUGUGGUAAAUUAUUCAGAGUUGGUACUUUGUCCAUUUUGGAUGCUGGUGACUCCGAUAUCCUUUCUUCUAUCUAA